AUGACUGUAGGAAGUACAAGUAUAGGUCCUGUCACGAGAUCUAGAUCCCGGGGCGUAACAAAUUUGGUAUUAGAGCUGCUCGUGAUGUCUACUCAACAUGAAGAAUUGAUGAAGAAGCUAGAAGCAUUCAUGGUCCAGCAAACUCAAAGUACCCUUGAAUUGAAGGGGGCAGUCGAAGCCUUGCAGGCCAAACAUGCGGCGCUGGAAGACAGUUUAUCACAAUCCCAAAACAAGGUCAACAAACAAGGGUCUGAAGCAAGUGAGGAAGAAGAAGAGAUGGACCAACAAUUUGAAGAUAGCAGCGAGCUAGGACGAGGAAGGGGCAAGGGCAUCGGCACUGGCAACGCACCAGGAGGCAAGAUGACGAGUUCCUCCACGGUGUUAGGUCGAGGCAGGGGGUCGUUUGGAUCAAACCCCUUGGGAACAGGAUGGGGAGUAGGGAUGGGGUCGGAUUUUUGGCGCAAUGCAGAACCACAAUCAUUCAAACACCGCUGGGAUUUCCACAAAGCCGAAGGAUCGGGACACAAUCGACAUAUUGAACAAGAACAGGUGCAUAAAAGUUGGGAUGAUUUUGAUGAAGGAGGUUACCGUGGCGAUCGGGUGCCUAGAUUCGCCAAGAUGGAGUUUCCGGUGUAUGAGGGCAAGGGUGACCCACUCGAAUGGUUACAGAAGUGUGAGGACUUCUUCGAAGAACAGCAAACACCGUCGGACGCUUGGGUCCGCCAAGCAACUUUCGCCCUACAGGGCCGGGCAAGCGGGUGGUACCGAAACCUGAGAAGGAUGAAAAAUCGUUUGAAUUGGGUCGAGUUUUCGGAAGAAUGA